ACCACUGCAAAAGCUGUCCACCGAUGGGAAAGCGUCAGAUUGUGAAUCUUCCGGAUAGGUGUAAGGAAGAUACCGGAAAACAAAUAUCAGUGUCAAUGUUUGGUUCAGCACCCUGCAUACUGGAUACAAGACCCAUUCAAUUUCAGUAGGAGGGCUGUUUAUUGUAGGCGUGGCAAGGGGAGUGGCCGACCUUCAUGCUGAGAGGUCACGGAGGAGGAGCCCCAUGGAUGAGGGUCAGUGCGAGAGGGCGGGACCAGUGGUGUCAGAGGGUCAGGAGGGCGUAGUGGACCUCCACUACAACCAAUCGGACCCCUCGGAACCAAUUCAGGUCUCCGCCCACCAAAACCAGAACUUGACACAAACUCAACUCGAUGAUGGUCAGAGGGUUGGAUGUGACUCCAUCGAACAAGACUCUUUAAAUGCUAAUAGGGAUGAAGAGGAGGAGGAAGAUGGUGAUAGAAAGUUGAAGGGCGAUGAUGAUGAUGACUCCUCCUUCUCAGACACAGGCAGUUUGGUAGAGCUCCACCCUUCUGUGUCUCCAGAGACUACAUGUCCCAUCAGCCCCGUAGCAGGUUGUCCAGACGAACCCUCCUACAGUAACCCUGAAGGGGUUCCACCACAAAGCCUACAGGACCUACCUCCACCACAGAACCUACCACCUCCACCACAGACCCUAGCACUGCCCUCCUAGCCUCCCUAGAGGAGCUAGGGGAACGUAAAGAUCACUCCCACCUUCCUCAGUCCCUCCAUCAGGGGCACUGCUGUCAUUUCUGAUCAGCACCUCUCUGCAUCUGUCUACUCCAAUGAUGUAAAUACAUCAUUGGUCUACUCCCUCCCUCCUCCCAACACUUUCAACUGUCUCCUGGGGGCGCGUUCAGUCAGCAGGAGAACAAUAACAGUCACUAGAGAGGUAGAGUCUGACACAACGCUGCUGCUUUAUCAGGCUGUGGAGCUCGCCUCAUCUCCUAGCUACAGGUGGAUAGGGGGAACUUUAGAAACUACAAAUGCAACUGUGAUCAAGAAGGAUUUUAAAGACUUUCCUGCAUUUUCCACUGUGUCCAUGGAGAUUAGCAGUGUUUCUCUUGCUUACCCGACGGUGUUUGUAUAGCUGAGGCCUUUGUCCUCCAGGAAGAUUAUGAGCGAGCAGUGUGCUGUGUUCAGCUGGAGAGACUCUACCACCAGAGAUGACUACACAACCUGACAACACUGCAGGAACAGUGGGGUAUCUCUCACUCACUCACUCACUCACUCACUCACUCACUCACUCACUCACUCACAGAGCCAAUUGAAGUCUCAUUAUGUAUAAUUACCUCACCUUCUCUCCCUCCCCUUACUUUCUUGGUGUGUUUAUGCUGUGUCAUGAUUAUUUCCUCCCUCUAACCUCUGACCUUUGUUCUUCCAGAGAGGAGGUGUAGGUCAGACGGUCAGGGAGUGAGGAACAAUAACACCAACCUGGCUGCACAGCAACUGGACAGACUCGCAUACAUCUGCCAAACACACCAACGACCCAGUCCUAGAACAGAGAAGUGUGGACUCUGUCUCUGUGCAUGUUGAAGAUAGAUGUCCUUCACGCAGCUCAGUUGGGUGUGCAUCAGUGAUGGAGGAGGACCAUAGAGUAACAGACUCCACCCUCUCCCAGAGCAUCUACCCAAUCAAACCAGCUGCUGCCCUGAUGAACAGCCUUUGCUUUAAUGACUUUGCAGCUCUGGACGUGGCACAGAACAGCAGAGACUCCCAGAGAAUUGAGGGUUUCCAUAGAGACCGUCUUAUUGACAGCUCCCUCGCCAAAGGGGAGGAGAGGGAGGGCAGGGCUGAGUUCACAGACUCUCGGAGCGAAGGAACACGACAGCAGAUGGAGAGAGAGAUGGAACACACCACUCAGGAGGGAUACGCGGGGCCUGACCCUCCUACGGAUGGGGAAAUGAGCCGAUCCAAGCCUGAGGAGCGGCUGAGAGGAGAGGAAGAACAGGAGGAGGUGGCAGAGGAGGAGAAGGAUAGUGACGUGUGUUUUAAAGCUCUAGAGGAGAUCUCAGUCUUGGCAGUGAAGGAGCAGCUCACACUGGAGGAGGUGCAGCAGGAGGAGGACCAGAUUGAGGAGCUGUGCGAGGAGUAUGUUCAGGAAGAAGACAUGUUUGUUGUGGAGAUUAUCAGAGAUGGAGCUGCGUCUCUCGAUGGCCUGGCCAAACUCAUCACAGUGGAGAUGACCCCUGCCCCUAGCCUGGUGUCCAUCCUGAAGAGGAGGAGGAGUGUGUGUGUGGAGAAUGUGUGUGUUGCUCCCUCCUCGGUCCCGCACAAACAUCCUGCUAAGCGCAGGGUCCGCUUCAAAGUACCUGAUGACGGCUUUGACCAGGACCAGGUGGGCGGAGACUCGUGCCUGCUCCUCUUCCUGCUCUGCCUGGUCACCGUGGUGAUCAGCCUGGGAGGCACUGCCCUCUACUGUGCUCUGGGCAACACCCACUCCACCGUCUGCAUCGACUUUUCUCGGAACGCGGACUUCUACCUCGCACAGCUGCAUCGUGGAAUGGAUCAGCUCCGACACUGGCUGACCCCUGGGUUUUAGCUGACCCCCAAGGAGGAGAGAAGUUAGGAGAUGAAGGAGAGGAAGGAGAAUCCCUUGUUUUGCAAGGUGGAUACUCUCCGUUCUCCAACUUGGACAGGAUUUCUCUCCGUGUCCUCCGGUUUUCCUCUCUCUCUCUCUUCACUGGCUGGCCAGUUAAUGUGUGUGAUGGGAGAGCGAGUGAUGGAAGGUGUAUGUGGUACUAGUAGCCUGCAACCACACUAACAGCAGCCUAAGACAUCUGCAGCGCUGCCUAGUAGAACUAGUAGGACUGACAUAAGACCUAUAAAAUACUGGACUACCUAUAGAUUUUAACUAUACACUUCUGGACAUAGAGUGACUCUGUGUCAGCCCAGAGGAAGGGAUAGACUGGGCUAGACUCAUUACCAUCCGCUCACUACCAUAUGGAGACAUCUGGAUCCUUCAGGCAUGGACAACACCGCUCACAUGUGCAAACAAGAAGCGGCCGGUCAGCCUUUUUAAGAAACCACCUCGGCUCUUUGUUUAUGGACUCCAUUUUGUAUCUCAACUGCACUUUGAAUGUGAACAAUUGUGCUCUGGUCAGAAACAUGAAAUAAUGUCUUUAAAAAAUAUUAUAUUAAUGAACGUUUAGUUUUAAUGAAACAGAUUAGACUUUUCUUUAUGUUCCUCACUGUUGAAGAUUCUUACGGAGUGUGUCAGGGUGUUUCUUUGGGCUGAAGAUAGUUCCUCCUAACCACAGAUCUGAGAUCAAAUCUUAACCUCAUCCUCAACCAGAAGGGGGAGGAAAUGUCUGACUCUGUAUCAGUAGUAAGGGCCAACUUCUACAACUUCUGUUUGAGGGUGUCUUGGGUUGUUUUGGGGUACAGAUUGUAGCGUUGGUCCUCAAUGACCAUAUAUGCAACAUGGACAAGAAAGCAAUACGUCUGUAAUCGUGUUCAAGAAUGUUUAGCGCCCCAAGGGUCAGGUCGGUACUAGAAGAGGAAUAUCUGUUUAGCUGAGAAUCGUCUUUGCUCAGGCAUGUGUAUAUUUAUCUUUAUUGUGAAAUAAUUAUGGGCAUGAUCAGUAUUACACCGAGUGCAUUACCUCCUGCGAUCAAUGGACUUUGGAUUUGGAUCAAUGGAUUUGGAUCCAAUGGAUCAAUGGAUUUUUACUUAUUAUAAUUUUUGUGCUCAUUGUUAUUUCUUUUAUUUCAGGCUUUUUAUUAGUCUAUUUAAUCUGUUUUACUGUUUGUGUCAGUCGGCGGUAUGUUUUAGUUUCGUCUGGCGUUCAGUAGACGUGUCACAGUGGCUCCUAUGAUAAUGUAAUGAUGAUGUAGUAGGCUGGGCAGUGACUCUUAGGCUGCAUCCCAACAGUCUAAAGUGUUUUCCUCUUCUUGUCUCCUCUCUUUCAUCUCCUCUUAUCUGAAAACACAAGACAGGUGAAACAAACUGCAAAUAUUCAGAACUGUUUUCAAAUGGACAAUAUAGAUAUGCAAUUUGCUUUCGUCUUUCAAGGUUCUUUCAGAGGGGGGAGGAUGAAGGAAAAGAGACGAGGGGAGGAUGCCACAGUAGAGUAUUGAGAUGCAGCCUUGGUUCUAAAAUGAUUUGCACGUGUCUGGCUGGUCCAGAUGACUGUCUUGCUGUUUGGAUCUGAAGUAUUUAUAUCAUAUCUGCACGUGGGGAGAGAAAAAAAACGACCUUCUGUUGUUUUUCUUGUUUUGGCUUGAUGUGGUUAUCGUUGGUUGUUAUUUUCCCUUGUUUUGUUCUUGAAGACUAUGUUUUGAAAAAGAGGAGUCUCUUUCCAAGGCUCACCAGUUAAAGAAUGCCAGUUGGAAAAGUCAGAACAGAAGCGGGACAGUCUCCAUUUUCAACUUUUAAUCUCUGAGUAUGAUGACAUGUGAAGACGAUUAGCUAAUGUGUGUCAUUGUGGCCAAUGCUUCGUUCAGAACCAAGUGGGAAGGUGGAAAUUACCAAUUUGUAAUUGUGAGUUUGAUGCAUUCACUUGCUUUGAACUUGUUGAGAAACGCUGAUUGGCUUAAGGCAAACAAGCUGGGUCAAACAAACUAAAAGUAUAGCUAUCAUGCUUGUAAACAAAUUAUAGUUCAAAAAUCAUAUUAAUAGAUUGCUUUUUACAAAUAAUGUUUUGUUGCAUUUAACUACCAAAUGCUGUUAUCAAGAUGAUAAUUUCCUUAGUAGGUGACGUCGGAGUUCAGCAUGUGGGAGAAGUCGGCGCUCAGGGAUGAUAGUUUCUCACUAGUAAUUACAAGUUGGAGGGCCCGGUCGUAUAUGGUAAGCAUUUUUCUACACCCGCAAUAACAUCUGCUAAAUAUGUGUAUGUGACCAAUAAAAUUGGAUUUGAUUUGAAUACCACCUUCCCACUUAGUGAUGAACACAGCAUCAAAUCUUUAUUUGCAGUCUGUGAAGAAAACAAUGGGCAAGUUUGUUUUGCAUGGCCUGGUACCCCGGAUGGGUGGAGUUUGUUCAUUUAAACCAUUCCAUUGGUCCUUAAGUGAAAUCUCUACCUACCCAGUGCACCGGGCUUUGCAAAACAAAUCACCAUUUAGAGGGAUGACUGUGGUGAGUACCUUUUUAAACACCUGUUUCUCUCUGUUGAUUGGUUAAUAAACCUCACUGUGGGGACUGAUCUGA